CGAGCAAUAUGCCCUUUGAUGUACAUCUAUAAUAGUGGAAAUGAAGAUACAAAACGAAAAAAAUCAUCUAGAACGAACAGACAUUACAUUAUAAGUGCGCAUGCAAAGAUGCUCUUCUUCUUAUAAUUGUGUAAAAUAUUGGAACAUCCGAGAAUCGAUUACAGAGACACGGAAAGAAAAAGUUGUUAAUUUUUUUUCUUCUAAAGCAACUAAGUUAAAGGACCGACGAGUUAAGCAAUCGCCAUGCGCGGAAAUUUGAACGAAAUUGGAUUUUUAUUGAUCCUCAUACGACUUUCAUAUCAGAUGACAGAACAGAAUUCAUCGGAUUAUUAUACCGCAGCUGUGGUAGAAUUUGCACCGGUUUAUCAUUGGCAUGAUGCCGCGUUAACUUUAAGAGAAAACACGAAUGCGUACAUCGAGUACAUAGAAAAAGCGAGUAAAGAGGGUGCUGACAUUAUCGUUUUCCCGGAAGAUGGACUGACAUCGAUCCAUUUGCCUAACAAAUCACAAAUGAAUUCCUGGACAACAGUGAUUCCUUCCGCUGUCGAUGAAUAUAUCCCUUGCACGGGAACCGACGUUAACGUCAGUGAAACGUUAAGAAGACUAUCAUGCGCUGCAAGGGAAAAUCGCAUCUACGUGGUGGUAAAUAUCGCUGAAAAACGAUUGGUCAAUUACACCGAUGCAUGUCCCUCGAACGAAACAUGGCACUAUCACAACACUAAUGUCGUGUUCGACCGAACAGGAAAGAUAAUUGCCAGGUAUCGCAAAGUGAAUCUGUAUAUGGAAGCCGAAUUCGAUAAGAUCGAGAUACCGGAAAUUGUAACAUUCGACACCGAUUUCGGUGUGAGAUUUGGUACCUUUAUAUGCUUUGAUAUACUAUUUUCGGUACCGCCUUUAUCCUUGACUAGAAUAGAAGGAGUUUCAAAUAUCGUAUACACCACCGCCUGGUUCUCGGAAACGCCAUUUUUAACUGCCAUUCAAACGCAAUUUGGAUGGUCCUUUGCCGAGAAUGUGAAUCUUUUAGUAGCUGGAUAUCACCAACCUGCUAUCGGAACUUCGGGAAGCGGAAUUUAUUUAGGUCGUAACGGUAUAGCCAACGUAACCAUGGCUGACUAUCCUAAACUUUUGAUCUCCCGAGUCCCAAAAACAAUAAAAUCCAAAAGAGCAGAAGUGAAACAGAAGUCGAUGAACAAAGAAAAGAAAAAUCAAGAAACGGCGAAAAACAUUGCACGCCAUGAAACGCUUUGUGAUAAAUCAAUAAAGAAAGAAGUCACGCCCGAGUGGAUAAAAUUAUUACGCGAUAAUGUUACAUCAUUCGAAUCUAUUCUGUUCAACAACGAUUCGAUGACUGAAACCGUUUGUCAUCAUAACUUUUGCUGCGACUUUAAGGCUGAUGUGGAAACCAUCACCAAUUCGUCUUCGAUUUAUUACCGCGCGAUAGUUUACAACGGUGUUCGCUUGUACGGCACUGAAGUAGAAGCCGGUGUCCGUGUAUGUGGCUUGAUUCAAUGUCUUAAUGAAUCUAUCCAUUCUUGCGGUUUCGUUUCCCGAUCCGAUACUAUAUUUUCCGCUUUAAGCGUCACAGCGAGAUUCAACGAUUACACAAAAAUUUUGAUAAUGCCUAGCGUACUUGGCGCUUCACUCAUUCCCUUUGGACAGUGGUCAUACGUUGAACAUGUACGUGGAAACGAAAUGAAUCUAACUAUGGUUUUGGACGAACCGAUCAACAAUCUUAUUACCUUUGGUAUAUAUGCUAGAGACUUUGAGAGAGACAAAUGGAAUUAAUUUCGAUAUCUAUAUUUACUACAUUAUUCUUGCAUAACAUUUUUCGACUCGAUCAAAUUUUCCAAUAAAAGAUCGCAAUACUAUGGACAUGUAUCAAUCUACUGACAAUAACAUGGUAGUAACAACUUUUCGAUA